UAUAAAAAGUCGCCGAUAUCUAGUGUUGCCAGCGCCAACUGUCGCAGUGGUUUUACAAACAUCUCGAUCUACUUUUCUUCAAUGAGCGAUGUCUCUACCCAAGAUCAAGUACGGAUACCGUUUAAUGACACCACCGGAAGUUAUUACCUGGACUCACUUGAACCCGAUACUCGGUACUCCGUUUAUAUCACAUUAUGGAACAAAGAAAGCGAAGGUCCACCAAGUGAAGCGUCUUCGGUGACGACAUAUCAAACAGGCGCUUCGGGAUCAGCUGUUCCAUGGGCCCUAUUUGCAAUUACGUUCUUUGUUGCUGUUGUCAUCGCUAUCGCCUUCGUAUUUUUAUGGAGAAGAUAUUCGAAAACAACCUCUGACCCUCAGCCUCCCAAGGCAAGCAGAACAAAGUCCGUUAAAGAAGAGUCAACCUAUGAAAACCCAGUCUUUGAUGAACCUCCUGUUAAUCAGUACGAAAGUUUGGAUGCCAUCACCACAAACGACGAUUACAUGCGGCCCGAUGCCCCGUGAAGCCCGUCUCACACAAUUGCAAGUCAAUUUUUGGUCCCUAAAUCAAUCAUACGUCUGGCAG